AUGGGGAAGUUGAUUGAUCAACACCAAAUGGCCUUCUUAAAAGGGAGACAGAUUAUGGAUGCAGCCUUACUAGCUAAUGAGCUAGUGGACUCCAGAUUCAAAAAAGGAAGGCCGGGAAUUCUAUGUAAAUUGGAUAUCGAAAAAGCUUUUGACCAUGUAAAUUGGGGCUAUCUGCUGAAGAUCCUGGAAGACAUGGGCUUUGGGCACAAGUGGAUAAACUGGAUCAAAUUUUGCAUCUCUAGUGUUAGAUUUUCUAUUAUGAUAAAUGGUUGUCCAGCAGAAGGUCUUAAUCACAUGGUUAGGACAGCUAAAUCUAAUGGUUGGAUUAGGGGCUUCGACUCUCAGUCUACCAUUAGCAAUCACCUGGAGAUCACUCAUUUACUAUAUGCUGACGAUUCACUAGUUUUUUGUGAUGCUGAAAUGGAGCGGAAUCAGGACAUCUCGCAGCAAUCCGACCAUUUUUGA